CACCGUGUCCACUCUCCUUUAGACUCCAGUGGGGUAUGCAGCUCGUCGGCUACUCUUCAAUUCCUGACACACCGACGGAAGCGGACUAACUUCACUCAACAGCAGCUCGGCGUUCUGGAGAAAGUGUUCGCUUCUACUAUGUACCCGGAUAUCUACCUCCGGGAGAGCCUGGAGGAGCUCACUGGGCUACCGGAGUCUCGAAUUCAGGUUUGGUUCCAGAACAGACGUGCAAAAGCUCGGCGGCACACAGCAGUCUCGACUCGAAGACCUGACCAUCAUCUUGUGAAAUCAUUUGAUUCAACUGAUCAGCCGAAGCACCUAGAGUUGAAUCCCCAAUCUAGACUAACCCAUGGUUGUCUGUUUGGAAGCCUGAUAAAUGAUACCAACAAAAAGCUUGACAGACAGAGAGAGCCACCUGCAAGCCUUAUCCAGGGAGACAAUUCCUGGAGCAAUCAUGUUCAGCCCAGUUGCAUGCCAUUGGGUCUGCAAUUUAAGAACCAAAAUUCAAUCCAUAAUCAAACAUGGAAAAACUCAGUAAAGGUCCAGUCAGUUUUCCUUGUGGAAUAUGAUAAUUAUCCACCCAAUAAAACCAUCGGGCCAGAAAUGAAGGAGGUAAUCCCACCCAUCCCCACCACUCGCUCGUCUCCAAAGCCAGGUGCAUGUCCAGUGGGACAGAGGCCUUACUUUUUUACAACUUGCAAAACUGGACAUUUUUCCCCAAUACCUGAUGAUGGAGAUUCAGGUGGCCGUUUCACAGAUUCUGACUGUGAAUGGGAUGCUGGUGCAGUUUCAGGAUUUCCAGAUUUAAUGUAAAAAUGAA